AUGAAUUACAAAGUUUGCGCAACAGUAGUGAUAAGUACCAUAUCGGGUGUAGCUUUAAUUUCUCCAUAUUUUUCAUCAAUUAUUUUGUUCUGUUUAUUAAUACUAAUCAGUAUAUUACUUGGGAUAUUCACCGCAUUCUGGAUGAACAUUACUUUAUCGUUGCCUCAUAAAACCGACGUCGGGGCUGAAUACCAGUUAAAACAGGCCGAAAACUUUAGAAGCAGCAUAAUAAAAGAUUUCGAAUCUUCUCAAGUAGCGAAGCCCAUCUCUCAUUCUUUGCCCCAAAUUUUUGGAAAAACCGUCGAUAGUUUACUCCAACAACUUUUGGAUUUCUUAUUGAGAGAUUAUAUCUUGGUCUAUAUAAAAGAUUACACUUAUAAAUGCGAAAAUAUCGGAAAUGAUAUUAAAGAAGACUUAUGGGGGGCAAUUAAAGCCCUGCACGAAAAAGUCUCUUCGGUAAAUAAAACAAAAUUAAUAGCCGUGGAUAUUGUAACGAAAAUAACCGUACAUUUCGAAAAAAUCAGGGAAGCCAAGGCGGCUGUUGGAGACACCGAUCAUCCUCCAUUAUUUCAACUUUCUCCUCACGUCACAUCGUCCGAGAAGGAAGCCGAGUACCUGAGAACUCUCAGCGAAUUACUCAUUAUGUUCCUCUUGCCCAGAACUUAUUCUCUAUCGCCCAGUAAAUACUUCUUAAGGGAAGUUCUAGCAUGUAAAUUUUUUAAGCCCAUAAUAGACGCGAUCACGGACCCGGAUUUCUUCAACAGAAACGUUAUAAACUACAUCGAAGCCACGCAAAUACAAACGAAUCUACCGAAAAAGAUUCUCGAAAACGCCAGCAACUUCGAGGACUUGAUCGAUAAAGUCGAUGACGUGCAAAUGUUGAGAUCUAUUAGAUACAACAUAGUUACUAAAUUAAUGCAAGCGACGACGAUGCAAAAUUUGAACAGAGCGAAAGGCCUCGAUUUGGACACCGAUAAAAGCACUCUAACAUCGGCCGGAAUACAAAAAUCCGAUUUAAACGCCGCAAAGAAACUCAAAAAGCACAUCAACCAAUUGACUUUAGCCAAAAAGCAAUGCGAGAAGAAAUUAGUUAGCCUAGGUUGGGACUCGGGGUAUCAAUGCGGAGACGAUAUGAAAAAAGCACUAUCGAUUCAAGCGAUUUUGGAAUGCGUAUUAGGCAGAAAAUACCUUUCGCAAUUUCUCCAAACUCUCGCCAGCCACGAUUUGGUUAGAUUUUGGUCCUCCGUGGAGGAACUUCGCACAGCACAAAGGACGAAUUGGCAUCAAUUAGGCGCCGAAAUAUUCUACACUUUCAUAAGAAACCCAACAUCAGAAAUCAAAGUCGAUAAAACUACAAAAAAGAGAAUGGAAGCUUUCCUUCUAGGUGAUAAAGGUCCGGAAGUAUUCUACGAAAUCCAAAAUCAAGUCGUACAAACGAUAGAAGAUAAAUAUUACCAGCCGUUUCUAAUCAGCGAUUAUUACAAAGAAAUGCUGAUUGCUAUAGAUAGCGAAGAAAAUUUAAACGGCGAUGACGGAAUCGGUUUGGAGGAUCGACAGACUUCUACUGAUUCUACCGAAAGUUCGGAGAAUACUCUAAACGUGGGAGAUCAUUCGAACUACGCGAGAAGGAAAUUGGAUCAACUCGAGGAAAAAUUAAACAACAAGACACAAGCGUUGGCUGCAUUACGUUCUUCUAUGAGGCCAGAAUCGAAAGUGUUGAGUAAAUUGGAAAAGGAAGUGGAGUGGUUAGAAGGGGAAAAAAGGCAAUUGGAGGCCCACAUAACCAGAACAGAAGUUUGGGCUGAUAACUUAGGCAGGUGGAGGGCUUACGUCCAAUCGGCCGAGAUUUUCGAAGAAAAGGAUCCGCUACAAUUCGUGUUGGUAGUGCAAAUAGCCGAAGACGAUUCCGCCGAUGGCGAAGAAACGAUUUGCACCGGCUGGGUCGUUUGCAGGAAUUUAUCCCAAUUUCAGGAAUUGCACAAGAAAUUGCGACCCCUUUGUUCGGACAUCCGCAACUUGGAUCUACCCACCAACACUUUCAAAUUCCUAUUCGGCAAGAGCGAUAAAUUAACGUUGGAAAAGGCCAAACAACAAAUACAAAAAUACUUAAAUUUCGUUUUAAUGGACGAGAGAUUGAACCAAAGCGAGGCCAUUUACGCUUUCCUAAGCCCGAGCGCUGAAAAUUUGAAACAAUCCGAACCGAAUCCGAAAAAAUCCAGAUUUUCAUUUUCUACGUUAUUCAAAAGCGGUAGCGGCGACCAGACCAACGAAACUCCAUCAAUUCUCAAAGAAACCGAAGAAGAGGACCUGUCCCAAUGCCCCGAUUCGGCCGGCGACGCCCAGGACUUCGCCAGGAGCACCGGCCAUUCGGCGCGAGACGACGCCAUAGCGGAGCCGCUCUACGCGCUCUUCAGCGAGAUAUUCAACAUGCGCGGCGUGUUCAAGUACGUGCGGAAGACGCUCAUCGGCUUCGUGCAGGUCACCUACGGGCGCAACAUCAACCGGCAGAUCUACGAGACGGUAUCCUGGUGGUUCUCCGAGGAGAUGCUGCACUAUUAUCUGGCGUUGGUGUUGAAGAGCUUCUGGCCGGGCGGCGCUUUGGCUGAGGCUGGGCCGGCGAGGAACAAGGUGGAGAGAAUUAAGACGGCGCAGGAGGCGCAGGAUAUGUUUAUAAAUAAUAUACCGGAGUUGUUGACUACUUUGGUAGGGAGUAAUGCCGGUAGGCUCGGGGCUAAGAAGGUGUUCGAUGCGUUCCAAGAGAGGAAUAUGAACAAACAUUUGUUUUAUGAGAUCCUUGAAGUGGUUUUGGAUGCGGUGUUUCCGGAAUUAGCUUAA